AUGGAUGCUCACACUUUUACAGUGAAUGCCAAUAGAAUAGAUUGGGAAGGGAAGUUAGAUGAUGCUCUAUGGGCAUACCGGACAGCUUUGGAAACACCCAUUGGUAUGUCACCGUGUAUGUUGGUGUUUGGAAACGCAUGUCAUCUUCCUGUGGAACUGGAACAUAAAGCUUUGUGGGCACUUAAAAAGUUAAACUUGAAUUGGAAUGAAGCAGCGAACUUGAGAUUAGAUCAAAUCAAUGAAAUUGAUGAAUUCUGUUUGAGAUCUUAUGAGCGAUUUGCGCUGUAUAAGAAAAGGAUGAAGUUGUAUCACGAUAAACACAUUGAGAAGAGCACUUUUAGCCCUGGUGACUUAGUGCUACUUUUCAACUCGAGGCUUCUUCUAUUUCCUGGGAAACUGAGAUCCAAAUAG